AUGGACAGAUUAAUGGUGACUCACUUAGAAAGACAAGACAAUGAAGUGGGUGAUGAGUCUGAUCUGGCUACAUCCACAUCUCCAACUCCAUCUCCACACCAACAUUUACCUUCUCAAACUUACUAUCAUGGUACGACGCAAUGCUCUCCGGCCAGAAUUACUUCUUCAAUUGAACUGGAAGCGAUAUACGAUUUGAGAAGGCAUAUGGAGCAACUGUCGCAUGAAAUGUCUGAGCUGAGAAAAUCAAUGAAGCUCAAGGAGAAGGAACAUCACGUGAAGGGGCACCAAAGAAAGGCAAUUGUUGUAUAUGCUGCGAGAUGUGGGCAUAUGUGCACUUGUCUAAAGUGUGCACAUGAGUUACAACGGAGCAGUGGAAAAUGCCCAAUUUGUGGAGCUCCAAUAGUGGAUGUUGUGCGGGCCUAUAUGGAUACAAAUUAUCCCUCCAUCGAAUCCAGGGAGCGAUUCGAUAAUGGUUUCGAUCAGCAGGGUGCAACAGCUCACAGUGAUAAUCAGACUGAUUCAAGAAGCCCUCAAAGGGAGAUAGCAAAUGACACCAUAGAUUCGGACAAUUCUUCCAUCCCCAUUACACCUAAUGAAGGUGCACACAUUCAUGAAGCUAAUUGCACUGAGCAGCAAAGUCCAGUGCUUGAACAAAAUUCCUUGUCGUAUGCAAGUGAAGAUGUUCAAGAAAAUUUGAAUCCAAGUUCUGAUAUUAUACGGCAAGGAACAAUUUCAGAGACCGGAAACGUUGAGUCGCAAAAAGCAACAGAUUCAACCACGUUGUCUGAUGGCUGGGAUACAAAUGAUGCAGUAGAAGAAGUCGAAGACAAUUACCAGCAAUAUUCAGAAACCAACUAUGAUUGGAUUAGUGAUAUCUCACGUCCAAGGAGCCACUGGGAAGAUCGUAGGAAAGCCUGGUACCAAAAGAUGCAUAACUGCAAUUCAGAGAAUGAGAUAUGUCGGUUACUCGAAAGAAGAACAGUAUCAAAUUUUCAUUGCAGUGCCUUUAGAGAAAGAAUAGAGAGAUUAAUGGUGACUCACUUAGAAAGACAAGUACGUCAAGAAAACGAAGAAGAAGAUGAGGAACAAAACCAUGAACAAUUGAUGACUUUCCUGCAAAGGCGCAUGCAUCUAGCAGAAACUCAACAACAACAUCAACAAGAAUUGGAGAAGGAGGAGGAACAAGAACAACAGCAACAACAACAUCUACAAGAGGAAGAGGAGGAGGAGAAUGAUGAGGAAGAGGAGGAGGAAAAAGAAGAAGAAAUCGUAAAUAGUGGUCAAUAUCAAGAGGGCAGUGAUUAUAUUAACCAAUCCACUUCUUCACUGCAAAUCCCGCCAUCAUCUCUACUUGGUUCAUGGGUAUACCAGGACAAUGAAGUGGGUGAUGAGUCUGAUCUGGCUACAUCCACAUCUCCAACUCCAUCUCCACACCAACAUUUACCUUCUCAAUCUUACUAUCAUGGUACUACGCAAUGCUCUCCGGCCAGAAUUACUUCUUCAAUUGAACUGGAAGCGAUAUACGAUUUGAGAAGGCAUAUGGAGCAACUGUCUCAUGAAAUGUCUGAGCUGAGAAAAUCAAUAAAGGUUUGCAUGGACAUGCAGAUGACCAUGCAACAAUCCAUUAAACAGGAAGUUAAUUCAGGUUUGUACAUUUAG